AUGUCUACCCCAGCAAAUAAAAAAACAGAAUUCAAUUUUAAAAAUAUAUUUCCUAUCUGUUCGGAAGAUUAUAAUAAACAUUCAAGGAAUCAAUCAAAGGAAAAUAGUACAGAACUUAUGAAUUCGUGUAGCGCUAUUACAGCAACUUUGGGUUUUUCCCAAAACCAUGAAAGCUUUGUGCCAAAUUGUAAAGACCUUAUAAUAUAUUUGGACUAUAUACAGAGUAAACCACCCCUUUCUGAUAUAAAUGCACGUUGUAAAUAUUUCAACUAUAAACUAAAACAAAUAUUAAAUUCUCAAAAAUACAAUAAGCUAGGCACUAAAAGUGCUUACACAAAUAUGAUUACAAUUACGAAUUCAAUUAAUCAUAAAAAGGUUCCUGAUAUAUGUAAAAAUUAUGUUGAUGAUCUUGAUGACAGCACAUUUGAAAUAUUGGAAGCACUGGAUAACCUUUAUGAUUAUUUAAAAGGGCAAGGUAACAAAUGCAAUUUUCAUAGUGAAUGUUAUGUGAAGUACAUGGAACUAUCAAGCAAGUAUGUUGGCGUACAUAACCGCAGUCUUCGUGAACUGCUAAGUAAUUUUAAAGACGAAUAUAUAGAAAAUAGAGAAGAUGUAGAUACGAGAAAUAUACCACAAGUUACAUCAAAUCAAGAACUUCCUGCAGUUUCACAUCAUACAUCUGGAAUUAAUGCACGCGCUAUUAUUUUAGUUUUACUUAUUUUGUCAUUUACUACAUUAAUAAUUAUAUUCUUUCUUUAUAAGUAUACUUCAUAUGUAUCUUCUUUACAUUCGAUAGCAAGUAUAAUAAGGAAAAUUCGAAAAAGAAAAAAUAAAAAGGAUAUAAAAUUAUUAAAUUCAUUUGAAAAUGAUAAUGAAGAAUUAAUUAAUAAAAGUUCUCAAAUAUCAUACAACCCAUUACAAUACUUCUAA